GAUCCGCCCGUGCUGCUCUGCGGCCUCUGCGAGACUCUGCGCGGCGACGGCUUCCCGCACCUGGCCCCGGGCGAGUUCAUCGAACACAACAUGACAGAGGAGGGGUCCGCUCAGGUGGUCGAGGCUCGCAAUGUCAAGAAUGCGCCUGGUUCCCGUGAGUUUCUGUCGCAAGGCGUGGAGUACCGCCAUCGCGUCGGCUUCCAGAUCGAGCGGAAGGUGACCAUAUUGAACAAGAGAGAGUUCAAAGAGGUGUUCAAUAUGAAGCCGACGGUCAGAAACACUACGGGCCUCCAUAAGUUCGACAUCUUUAUCGAGAACGGCACGACCAAGGAGACCGUCUGGGCAUUCUUGUACGACGCCAGCUUGCCGCAUCGAGCCAUGAAGUUGUACAAUGACCAGCAGUUCAUUCUCAGCGAGGAGCGCAUGAGCCCCAGCGCCCAGAUCCAUUCGGCCCAAGGCAAGCAGACGAUGGACGCUGGCCUCAACGAGUUGAUGGAAGGAUCGGGCUACCAGGUCCUCACGGGGAAGGCUCACCUGGCUUCGAUCAAGCACAUCUUGGACGGUUUCGGGCCCCAGGAGGGGGAGGAUGAACAUCUUGCCGAGGAGGAUGACGACGCUGACGACGGGCCUGAGGCUGGCGUGGGUUGCGCUUCUGCAUCUGGACUCCAGGUACAGGCAGUCGCCAGGGCAGCCCCGCAACGGACAGCGGUGGCGGCGCAGCCUCGCACCCUAAUCCAGCGGUCGCUCACGUCUUGCUUGACCAAGGCGGCCAGCGUGGCAGGCACGCCGACUGGAUUGCCGCGCGGUCCAGCAUCAGGCGCCGCCUCUGGCUGCGGCCCCUUCGCUGCUGGCGCGCCGGCUUCGGGCUGCGGGCGCGACCGCUCUCCGCUUCCAAGCCCAUCAGGCGACGGCGAUAUUGGGCCCAGGGACAGCGCCUCGCAGGUCGGAGUUGCCGACGCCGCUGCCUCCGAGUGGGAUCAGAGCCCGUGCCAGGACCAAGCGCAGAAGUGGAUCAGCAAACUACCAGUCGCAGAGGCGUUGACUGGGAAGCGUUUCGGCAGAACCAUUUGGCACGCGGAGGAGGCGUACUCCAAGAUGGCGCCUCACGAGCACAACCGAGUCAGGGCCCACAUCGAGUGGGUCCGUAUAGCGGAGGAUAGCAGCUCGCGGAACAUACCUACUGGCGACGUCAGCGCGAUUACGGCGAACCUCGACAAGCUCCAGAACGCAGGGUUCGCCAUCCCCGAGGCCGUUGUAGCGGCGCUCGUCGAGCGGGCCAAGGAGGACUACUACAAGAUUGAGACGCCGUCCGAUGAGCAGCACGCGAAGUUCUACUUGACAGUGCGCCCAUGGAGUACAUGUUCUACAAGUAUGCCCGAUAGGCCCUCCAUGAAGGAUGUCUCCAUCGCGAUGCUCCCCCGACCGCCGCAGGAGUUGGCUACUAUAUACAAGGCAUGUGUAUUCUCCGAUCUCCUUUCUAAGUGGCUUGCAUGCGGGGAGUCUUUCGUGGGCGUGGUCGUUCCCUUCUGCAGGAAGUUCAUCGCCAUGCUCGAGGGCGACGCAGCGAACGCAGCGGAUGACACCCCUGAGGUUUUCGAGGCGUUGCAGUUGGAGGCGCUCCAAGUACUUCGGUUUGUUCUCGGCGUCUUGUCCACUGACAUCGAGGAGAUCUGCGCGGCGUCCGAGAGUUAUAUGUGCAUCUGGGACAACUCAAAGCAGCAUCGUUCGUCCAGUCCGAUGGGGAUCGUCAAGGCUUCCUUCGAGGGCGACAAUUAUUUCUACAACGGCAAGCUUGCAGAUUUCAAGCACAUCCUGCCCAAGCUCGAGAGGUACCAUAAAGCUAUCACGACUGACGCGGACUGGAUCAACGACACCAGCCCCGAUAUCGAUUUGGAUGACGAGCAGGCGCGACUCAAGAGGAUUUGCGACGACUUCGCCACAUGGUCGAACGCCCUGAGCGAGCAGACCAUGGCAUCAUUCCAUACGGUCCUGCUCGCCCGCGUGCUGGCCCAUUGCGCGAAGGCGCAGGACGACCUGGAGAGCAGCCCCAUUGGCACCAACAGGCUUGCUCGCAUCAGAGCCUUCCAGGAUCUACUGAGCGCCGCUUCCCUCGCCAUGCCCUUCUCGAAGGAAGUGAACGACUACUGCGAGUCCGCGGCCGCCAUGCUGAAGGAUGCCUCUGCAGAUGCGCAGCGGUCUGUGUUGUCUCAGGCGUGCGAGGCCGUUGUGCAAAAGGCUGCCGACCCGCAGACGAAGUGCGUGGACAUGGUGGUGCACUUGGGCACCCUGAAGAAGGCAUCUGAGUCAUGCGCUGGCACCAAGCUGACCGAUCAUGACCGUGAGAAUGUGAGCUUGGCUUUGACGGCGGCCGUCCGAACAGCAGUGCAGGAGCUGGGCCGCGCCAGUGCCGAUGUGCUGACCCACAUCAAAGACAUGACGGACUUGGCUGGGUGGGACGACAGCAAGAUGGCAACAUUCGAGCUCGUUCAGUACUUCAGCGAGCUACAGGUUGCUCUGGACGUUCUCCAGUCGACAGCCCCCGCUGCAGCAGACAUUAAGAAUGUUGUUUCAAAGACGUACGAGUGCACGCCACUCAGGGCCGUCCAGAUGAAGCUUGAUAAGACCAAGUUGUACGCGGGCCAGUGGCAACACUACGAUGAGGUGGCAAGAGCAAGCUUCGCGGCGCUGACCACCCGCGCGGAGCAGACGAUCGACGCCUACGCGGACGAGCUGAUCUCCAAGAGCGACACUGUGACGCAGAGCAUGUUCGUGGACUUGGCGGCGGUCUCGGGCGGCAUGGCCGACGGCUCGCACUGGUCCGCGGCGGGGCACGCCAAGUCCACGUUCGACGAGAUGAUGAAGAUCGCGAGUGAGACGCUGAUGAAGGUCGACUACGAUAAGUUCCAGAAGCGGAUCAGCACGUUCGAGAAG